AUGAAGAAAUUAGCCAUUUUAUCGGCAUCUUCGUUUUUAUUUGCUGACUUUCUAUUUCAAGAGUAUCAACACAAUGGAAACUACAAAAAUUUUAGACUUUUAAAUGAGGUGUGUUAUAAUAAUAUGAAUAUUCAAUUAUAUAAUGAAUUGGAAAUGGAAAAUUACAUGAGUAACACAUAUUUCUAUAAUAAUAAAAAAACCAUUAGAUUACUUGGAGAAAAUGAUAAUGAAGCAAAUGUUAAUAGAGCAAAUAAUAAUGUAGCAAAUGAUAAUAGAGCAAAUGGUAAUAGAGGAAAUGUUAAUAGAGCAAAUGAUAGAAAUAUACCAUAUUUUAGAGAAAAUGUUGUGAAUCUUAAUCAACCAGUUGGAGGAAAUGGUGGUGUUCAACCUGCUGGAGGAAAUGGUGGUGUUCAACCUGCUGGAGGAAAUGGUGGUGUUCAACCUGCUGGAGGUAAUGGUGGUGUUCAACCUGCUGGAGGCAAUGGUGGUGCUCAACCAGUUGCAGCAGGUGGUGGUGCUCAACCAGUUGUAGCAGAUGGUGGUGUUCAGCCUCUUAGACAAGAAGGUGAUGCUGAAGAGGAUGGAGGAAAUGGUGGUGUUCAACCUGCUGGAGGAAAUGGUGGUGUUCAACCUGCUGGAGGAAAUGGUGGUGUUCAACCUGCUGGAGGAAAUGGUGGUGUUCAACCUGCUGGAGGAAAUGGUGGUGUUCAACCUGCUGGAGGAAAUGGUGGUGUUCAACCUGCUGGAGGAAAUGGUGGUGUUCAACCUGCUGGAGGAAAUGGUGGUGUUCAACCUGCUGGAGGAAAUGGUGGUGUUCAACCUGCUGGAGGAAAUGGUGGUGUUCAACCUGCUGGAGGAAAUGGUGGUGUUCAACCAGCUGGAGGAAAUGGUGGUGCUCAACCAGCUGGAGGAAAUGGUGGUGCUCAACCAGCUGGAGGAAAUGGUGGUGCUCAACCAGCUGGAGGAAAUGGUGGUGCCCAACCAGCUGGAGGAAAUGGUGGUGCCCAACCAGCUGGAGGAAAUGGUGGUGCUCAACCAGCUGGAGGAAAUGGUGGUGCUCAACCAGCUGGAGGAAAUGGUGGUGCUCAACCAGCUGGAGGAAAUGGUGGUGCCCAACCUGCUGGAGGAAAUGGUGGUGCUCAACCUGCUGGAGGAAAUGAUGCUGCUAAACCUGAUGGAGGAAAUGAUGAUGACAAACCUGAAGGAGGAGAUGAAAAAUCUGAAGAAGAAAAGGAGGAUGAACCAAUACCAGAUCCAACUCAAGAAGAAAUAGAUAAAUAUUUAAAAAGCAUACUUGGUAAUGUUACAUCUGAAUGGACUAAUUGCAAUGUAACAUGUGGGAAAGGUAUACAAGCUAAAAUAAAAUCUACAUCUGCUAAUAAGAAAAGAGAAGAAAUUACUCCAAAUGAUGUUGAAGUAAAAAUUUGCGAACUAGAAAGAUGUUCUUUUAGCAUAUUUAAUGUUAUAAGCAAUUCGUUAGGUUUAGCUAUAAUUUUAACCUUUUUAUUUUUUUAUUAA